AUGUUUGGUCCUGAACUCCCGUUUUCACAGGCGAUUGCAUCGCCUCUGUCACGUAUCCCACUGUCGUCUCCCAUCGGACCUCCUGUCACGGUAUCCCUCGCAUCUCCCGUCACUGCAUCCCCGAGUAUGCCUGCUACGCCUCUAUUCGCUACACAGACACGUCCACUCACACUUCGUCGUGCCUUUCGGUACUUUUUUGCGAGUUCUUAUCUGUUCGUCCUGUUCGCCUCCACCCAACUCUUUGACCUCCCUCCUAUUUCUUCUGCCUAUCUCGUCACCACCCAUGCCUUUGCUGCUGACUGGUCUUUUUCAUUUCCAAUCGUCAAAGGACGCCCACACUCGCUCGCCCGUUCGCCAUGA